AUGUUAACAAAACAGCCACGAAAUGCAGCAGACGAUCAGACUCCAAUCAAAUAUCUUUUCGAUUUGCUGCUGAAUCCGCAAAGCAAACCAAUUGUUUGUCGCACCAUAAUGGAAAUAAUUGAAAGUUUGGUGACACUCAGCGACGAGCAACCGAACGAAAAUGAGAAGAAGAGAUGUUCUGAUCUUAUCUCGUGCACUGAACUGAUCGAAGAAUCCGAAUCGUGCAGCACUUUGCUGAAACUAACUCUUCCUAUUCUCAUACGAAAGUCAAAUUCACGCACCGACGAAGAAUCACUGAAACAAAUGGUUCUCACUGUUUCGAAUUUGCUUGAAAAAGUGGAACACCCAGAACGUCAUAUUCCGGAUAUCGCUCCCAUGUUCCAGAUAAUGUCAUCGGUUGAACCACGGAAAUUGUUGUGUCGGCUCUUAGACAGGAUCAGUAAGCGUGUUGGUGAAGAUGAACUUGUCACCAUGGUAAAAAUCGUGGAUGAAUUAAACGCCUGGAAUAGGAAGUUUAUUGAACAACCAGACUAUGAUCGACGAUUAGAAGCUUAUGCAGAAGUGGAGCGGUUACAGAAUGCAGGAAAACUAAACCUGAAUCUGGGUCUCAUCGUCAUAUACCAUUCGUUUUACUUUCUUCGAGACCAUACGAUGUGUGACACAGCCAGUCGUAAUUUACAGUCAAUGGUUCCUGCUUUAGUUCGUCAGUUAGAAAAACGACAAACCGACGUGGAUUACUUGAUUGGAAAUGUUAUCCUCAAUUUGAUUCGACGAAAUCUGAACGAUUCGAAUGAAAGUGUUUGGAGAGAAGGGAUUUUAUUGUUGGGUGAACUUGCCAGAGAAUGUCCAUCGGCGCAUCCUGUGCUCCAGGACUUACAUCAACUGACCAACAAGCAGGAUAGAGAAGUCGAUUUCUUCGACAAUAUCACACACAUCCAAUCACAUCGUCACGGAAAAGCUUUGCUCAAAUUUUGCUCGGUAGCGAAAACCUUUGAUCGCCCGCCAAACAUCAGAACAUUGACGCAAUUCAUUUUGCCAUUGGCAUCACAAUAUAUUUGUACCGAAAAGCAUGCAAGCAAACAUGGUAUUAUAACGUCAGCCAUCGAGACCAUUGGAGUCGUUUGCAGAUUGCUGCCGUGGUACCAGUACGAGAUGAUUUUGAAACAUUAUUUGAAGAAGAUGCGAACUAAUGCGGAUUUCCAGAAACAGUUGGUUCGAUUAGUUAUGGAAAUUCUCAACCAAUUCCACUUUGAUUUGUCAAUGGCAAAAAUCGCACCUAAAGACCUGGCCAAAGAUUUCAAGAAAGCGGAAGAGGAGCAAGUCGAGAAUGAGGUUGCGAAGGUGGCUAAAGAUGAUGAAGACACUGAAGAACUGGUGCUGGCUGCUGAAAAUCAGGACGACGAAGAAUUGAAUGAUAAGCUGUUAAUCGAACAAGAAGCAGACGAAAUCCAUGAAGUUGAUCCAAGUGCUGCUAAGAAACAGAAAAUUUCGAUUUUUGAUAAACAAAUUGUGUUGAGCCACAACGCAGCCAAACGGGUUGUACAAACGAUAACCACUGGACUAAUUCCAAGUCUUCACAAUUCCAUUACGACCAUGAGCACGUACGAAAGCUUUCACAAAUUAAAUAAGCUGAAGCGACGUUCCGAACGAGAAGAGGAAGAAAUAUUGCGAGUUCCGAUUGCCUUGGCUAUGGUAAAAUUGCUCCAAAAGCUCCCAGAGGGAAUGUUGGAACAUUCUUUACGUGGCAUUUUCAUCAAAGUCUGCAUGUUCUCAAGUCACCUCUAA